CAGGAGUGGAGCAGAGUAAGCAGUGCAGGCUCCGGGGAGAUACACGCAGCGCUCCAGAGGCUGGAUAGCAUCAUCGCACCCUGCGGACAGCCCGCACCGGGGACCUGCAGCUGACACAUCUGAAAUGCCCUGUAUUCAAGCGCAGUAUGGAAGUCUGUCUCAGUGUGCAGGCCCCAGUGACCAUUAUGUUCCAGACAUCUUAAACUCAGAGUUCAGUAAGUUCACCAUGGACCUUGUUAACAGUGAAAUUGCAGCUUCCACUUCAUUGCCCAGUUUCAGCACCUUCAUGGAUGGUUACACUGGAGAAUUUGAUGCUUUUCUGUACCAGAUACCUUCUUCAACACCCCAGUCAUCACUAAAGGUGGAGGAGUUUCAAGUGUUCGGCUGUUAUCCAGGUUCUUUCACAAAUCAGGUGGAUGAAACCAUGUCAUCGAGUGGUUCAGAUUAUUAUGGAAGCCCAUGUUCCAUCCCAUCUCCGUCUACACCAGGUUUCCAGAAUCCUCAAGUUCCUACAUGGGAGAGCUCUUACGGGGCCUACUCUCCAACUCAGAAUUAUGACAGCAUGAGACCAUGGACUGAUCAACAGAAAAACGGCAUUCCACAGUCUUCUUUUUUCUCCUUUGGGACACCAUCUCACAGCCCAAACAUGGCUCCUAAUUCUUUAAAGAUGACCCAAGGUCCACAUAGACUUGAACAGCAGGUUGUAGAUCCUGAGGUGUUUGCACUAGCACAAAGCUCUUCGGCCGGAUUUCCCACUAUACCUCUUGGUCAGGGGCCUGUGGUACUGGAUAGUUCGGUUAUAUUGGACAGUCCUCUAUCUCCCUCCAAAGCGCGGAGCCCAAGCUCAAAUGAGGGGCGCUGUGCUGUCUGCGGAGAUAAUGCUUCUUGUCAACACUAUGGUGUACGAACCUGUGAAGGAUGCAAAGGUUUUUUUAAGAGGACUGUACAGAAAAAUGCCAAGUACAUCUGCUUGGCUAACAAGGACUGUCCUGUGGACAAAAGGCGCAGGAAUCGUUGCCAGUUCUGUCGGUUUCAAAAAUGCUUAGUAGUGGGAAUGGUAAAAGAAGUCGUACGCACAGACAGUUUAAAGGGCAGGAGGGGUCGCCUUCCAUCAAAACCAAAGCAAGUAUCGGACUCUUCUCCGGUUAGUCUCAUCAACUCACUGGUGCGGGCGCACAUUGACACCAUCCCCAAUUCCAGCAAUUUGGAUUACUCACAGUACCAAGAGAACGUCCCCGUUCUGCUGGAGAAGGAGAAUCCGGUUGAUGUGCAGCAGUUCUACGACCUUCUCUCUGGUUCUUUGGAAGUAAUCCGCAAAUGGGCAGAGAAGAUCCAGGGCUUUGCAGAGCUUCCUAAAGAAGACCAGAGUCUUCUACUGGAGUCUUCCUUCCUGGAACUCUUCAUCCUUCGACUUGCUUACAGCUCGAAGCCUGAAGAAGGGAAGCUGAUCUUCUGCAAUGGAGUGGUGCUUCAUCGCAUACAGUGUGUCAGGGGGUUUGGCGAGUGGAUCGACUCAAUCAUUGACUUUUCACACAGCCUCCAACGCAUGAACAUUGAUGUCCCAUCAUUUUCCUGUCUCUCCGCCCUUGUUAUCAUCACAGACAGACAUGGCCUGAAAGAACCCAAGAAGGUAGAAGAGCUGCAAAGCAGGAUUAUUAAUUGCCUUAAAGAGAAUGUACCAUCAAGCCCGAGUGAGCAGAACAGAUCCAACGGUCUGUCCAAGUUACUGGGCAAACUUCCUGAGCUCCGCACUUUGUGUACGCAAGGCCUCCAGCGUAUUUUUUACCUGAAGUUAGAGGAUCUUGUACCACCUCCUCCUAUUGUAGAGAAGAUCUUCAUGGACACACUGCCCUUCUAAACCAGCACUGCACUUAUUUUUCUUUCUUACUCAUACAAAGAAAAGGAAACCCACACAUGGACAGCGGUGAAUCCUGUUACAAACUUGUGAAACCUUUUCUUUGAUAUUAGGUGCCUAACCCAGCGAAUCCUUAUUUUUUUCUUUGGGAUUUUCUGGGACAUAUCUGAAGACUUUGUUUAUAUUAUUCUAUAAUAUCCAGAUGUGCCUUUGGCUAAAAAAAACUGACUUUUUUUUUUUUUUUUUUUUUUUUUUGUGUUUUUUGUCUUUUAUUUCACUUUUAAAGUAUUUUUUUUAAAUACUUGCAGAAUUCAUCAGGCUCCUAAACU